CCGUUAGCAAGGUGCAGUGAGGGUUUACACCAGGAGCUGUUGCAGAUAUUUUCAAAUUGGUACCUUUUUUAAUUGGGUUUUUUUUAUGAGAACAAUCAACUGGUGACUCAGGCAGUGACACAAUGCUAAGAGACAAUGCACAGAUAUGGCCUGAAAGUUCAAACCACUCCAGCCUUCGUGAUAAUGAUCAAGAGGGUCUGAUCUUUGAGAACUAUGACAGUCUGGACUCCAGGGUUAUGAACUUGAGCAAUCUUCCUACAUCGCUGUUUGCUUGCUGUGUUCAUGAAGCAGUCUAUGAAGAUGAAAAACAGAGGCUGUGUCCAGACAGCCUCAUUUGAAGAGCCUGGAAGACACCCUCCCUCACUCUGAUGUUCAUAAGGCUUCUCACCAACUUUUAUAGAUGCACCAUAGAAAGCAUUCUAUCUGAAUGCAUCGCGGCUUGGAAUGACAACAGGACCAUAAAAAUCUACAGAGGGUUGUGAACACAGCCCAGACCGUCACACAAGCCAACCUUCCAUCCAUUGACUCCAUCUACAAUUCUUUCUGUCUCGGAA